GCUGCAGACGCAGGCUCAGUAAGCGGAGUGGGGGUCGCACAUGCGCGGUGAGGACGGAGCCAGCACCGGGCGGCCGGGAUUCAUCCUCCUGCCCAUGGCUGCCGUUUCCUCCCCCUGUCCGCCGUGCUCAGAGCCUGGGAUGGGCCGGCACCUGCUGGAGGAGGGCGGGGCAGCGCUCACCUGUCACAGGUAUAGUCCGGAGACCCCUGUCCCGCUCCCGCAGCCGGAGCCGCACCGCGUCCCGGGGGCCAUGGGGGGAAAGCGCUUCUCCAAGCUGCUGCAGAACGUGCGCCGGCUGCCCCACCGAUACCACCUGCUGGGGGGCGGCGAGCUCAAGGCGGAGGCAGAAGAGCAGUGCGAGCUGAAAUCCGUGGAACAAGAUGACGAGCUUACGCCGCUACCCUCCAAAGAAGCCAGCCGCCUUAGCGAGGACAACUUAAUAAAAUAUUUACACGUGAAUACAGAGAGCGGACUGUCAGAGUGCUCGGUGCUCCAGCGCAGGGUGAAACAUGGCUGGAACGAGUUUCAGGUUGAGAAUACGGAUCCCGUGUGGAGGAAGUACCUGGGACAGUUUACAAAUCCCCUCAUCCUGCUGUUAUUGGGCUCUGCCCUGGUCAGCGUCAUAACGAAGGAGUACGAGGACGCAGUCAGCAUUACUGUGGCAAUCCUCAUCGUGGUGACAGUGGCCUUUGUGCAGGAAUAUCGUUCAGAAAAGUCUCUUGAAGAGUUGAACAAACUGGUUCCACCAGAAUGUAAUUGUAUCCGAGAAGGGAAAUUGCAGCACCUGUUGGCCCGAGAGCUGGUCCCGGGGGAUGUGGUGUGUCUGGCAGUCGGGGACCGGGUCCCAGCGGACAUCAGGCUGAUAGAGACAACAGAUCUUUUAGUAGAUGAAUCUAGUUUUACCGGAGAGACUGAACCAUGCAGCAAAACUCACGGAUCAGUGGACGAAGCCAGCGGCCUCACAACACUGAGCAACAUUGUGUUCAUGGGGACACUGGUGCGAUACGGGAAAGGAAAGGGCGUGGUCAUUGGUGUGGGGGAGAACUCGCAGUUUGGAGAAGUCUUCAAGAUGAUGCAAGCGGAAGAGACUCCGAAAACCCCUCUACAGAAAAGCAUGGACAAGUUGGGGAAGCAGUUAUCUCUGUUCUCAUUCGGAAUAAUAGGGCUUAUUAUGCUGAUCGGAUGGCUCCAGGGAAAACCUCUGCUGAGUAUGUUCACUAUCGGAGUCAGUUUAGCUGUGGCUGCUAUUCCAGAAGGUCUUCCCAUCGUUGUCACUGUGACGUUGGCCCUCGGAGUAAUGCGUAUGGCCAAGAAACGAGUGAUCGUCAAGAAACUGCCAAUAGUAGAGACACUGGGUUGCUGCAAUGUCAUCUGCUCAGACAAGACUGGCACACUAACAGCCAAUGAGAUGACUGCCACCAGGCUAGUCACAUCGGAUGGGCUGCAUGCGGAGGCCACAGGGAUUGGUUAUGACGCGAAAGGGACCGUUAAUUUACUACCAUCAAAUGAAGAGGUUCAAGAGUUCUCCAACGUGUCAGUAGGAAAGCUGGUGGAGGCUGGUUGUGUUGCCAAUAAUGCAGUCAUCCAGGAGAACUCACUCUUGGGACAGCCAACAGAGGGCGCACUACUAGUCCUUGCAAUGAAGAUGGGUCUGGGAAACGCGAGUGCAAAUUACAUACGCAAGAAAGAGAUUCCAUUUAGUUCGGAGCAGAGAUGGAUGGCGGUGAAAUGCGCAGACAAAUUGGAGAAUCAGGAAGAAGUGUAUUUCAUGAAGGGAGCGUUUGAGGAGGUGAUUCAGUAUUGUACCACCUACAACAGCGGCGGGAUCUCCGUGCCACUCACGCACCAACAGCGGGCUCUCUAUCUCCAAGAGGAGAAGAACAUGGGGAGUCAGGGGCUGCGAGUGUUAGCCCUGGCCUCUGGCUCCGAGCUGGGGAAACUGGUAUUUCUCGGAAUGAUUGGUAUCAUUGAUCCGCCACGAAGCGGGGUGCGCGAAGCUGUCCAGAUCCUGCUGGAGUCGGGGGUGUCUGUGAAGAUGAUCACAGGUGACGCGCUGGAGACUGCGCAGGCCAUUGGCAGGAACAUCGGUCUGUCUAAUGGACAUCUGAAAGCUAUUUCUGGAGAAGAACUAGAUCGCCUGGAUGAAGCUGCUCUGUCCUUAGUGGUUACCAAGGUGUCUGUGUUCUACAGGACCAGCCCAAAGCACAAGCUGAAGAUCAUCAAGGCUCUGCAGCGCACGGGGGCCAUCGUUGGCAUGACCGGGGAUGGCGUGAAUGAUGCCGUCGCUCUCAAGUCGGCUGAUAUUGGUGUGGCAAUGGGGAAAACGGGGACAGACGUCAGUAAGGAGGCAGCAGACAUGAUCCUGGUGGACGAUGAUUUCUCAACGAUCAUGAACGCCAUUGAGGAAGGCAAAGGAAUAUUUUACAACAUCAAGAACUUUGUCCGGUUCCAGCUCAGCACGAGCAUUUCUGCACUAAGUCUCAUCACCUUAUCUACCAUCAUGAACCUGCCAAACCCCCUGAACGCCAUGCAAAUCCUCUGGAUCAACAUCAUAAUGGACGGGCCCCCAGCCCAGAGUUUGGGAGUGGAACCGGUAGACAAAGACGCCAUCAAGCAGCCACCCAGAAACGCCAAGGAGGCGAUACUCAGCAAAGCCUUACUCCUGAAGAUCCUGCUCUCCGCAGCCAUCAUCAUUAGCGGAACACUCUUCGUCUUCUGGAAAGAGAUUUCAGAUGGGAAAGUCACCCCGAGAACCACAACAAUGACAUUCACCUGUUUUGUGUUCUUUGACAUGUUCAACGCCUUGUCGUGUCGCUCUCUGAAUAAAACCAUAUUUGAGAUUGGCAUAUUUAAGAACCGGAUGUUCUGGUACUCUGUGAUCGGGUCCAUACUGGGGCAGAUGGCCGUCAUCUAUAUCCCUCCUCUACAGAAGGUUUUCCUCACACAGAAUCUGCACGCCUUAGAUCUCCUCUUCCUAACUGGUCUGGCGUCCUCAGUGUUCGUAGUGUCAGAACUAAUAAAGGUUUGUGAGCAGUGUUGUUGCCGUAAGAAAACAGUGAAAGUUCUAGAGGAAGAUAUUUAAGCAGAGGCUGUUACCGGAGUGCUCUCGUCAUCCCGUCCUCACAGACUUCUGUGACCCAACCCCACGAUGUGAUGUCCCACGUCACCUGCCAAUGCGCCGUUGCUAUAUUACGUAUUUAUGUAACGUUCUCACUACUGCGUUUUAUGGAAGAAAACUUUAUAACAUGUACCAGGCAUGACUACCAGAAAGACUCACAACAAUAUAUUGCGCAUUUCUGAUCAACCAACAACAAAAAUAAUACCCUGCAUCGUCGUUUUUUUGUACUUUACAGUUCAUUUGAGAAUAAAGACUAAUCAUUUUAUUUUUUAAUUAAA